AUGUCUGCGAUUUUGAGAGCCGUUGGAAGAGCUAUAGCAGAAACAGACACGACAACUACCACUACCAGAGAUGUCUCGACUCCUCGAGAGGAUCCUCCAGACGACAACUCGGAGAGUAUUAGACAAUCGCAGAAAAAGGAUGACAAUUAUGACACGUGCAAGAAACUGGCUCAAAUGGGUUUGGGAAUGGGAGUCAGCUGCCUGCGGUUUCAUCCAGAGUUACUGGACCAACAGAUUGACCCUACACCGUCUCGACUUCUUCAACUGACGAUGGGAAGCGGAUACAAUUCCUUCAAGACCGACGUUCGAGAUUGGUACAAGGUACGCCGCGAGAUGCACGGAAGUCUCAGCACAUCAACUGCUUCGCCCGUUCACUUAGACGUUACAAUCAACGCGGAGCGCAAGACGGAAUCUCGAAGUUUGCAUCGGCACGAAGGCCAGAAGGUCCACACAAGAACGAUCUAUUUUGACGAUAUCAUGGCGAUGAGAUCUGCUCCGUUAUGUAUAGGGCUGACGACGUUGAUGGCAACUCUUCGCCGAGUCCGUCUCGUCUUGAUGCGCUCAUCAGAAUCAGACAAGAAGAAAACAAGAGAAAUUUGA